AUGAAGAAAAAGCCGAUCGAAAGUUUUAGGGAGUAUGCCAUUAAGUGGAGGGAGCAAGAGGCUAGAGUCAAGCCACCAAUGGAUAACCAUGAGUUGAUCACUGUUUUUCUAGAGGCUCAAGAGCCUGAUUAUUUCCAAAACAUAAUGUCUGCAAUGGGCAGACCUUUUGCAGAAGCAAUCAAGAUAGGGGAAAUAGUCGAAAAUGGCCUCAAGACUAGCAGAAUUGUAAGUCAAGCUGCUCUCAAAGCCACCACCCAGGCGAUCCAAAAUGGCUCAGGAAGUAUGGCAAAUAGAAAGAAAAGAGAUGAAGGGUCCAUGAUGACUUUGGGAUCCAGAGAAGUUCAAAGAGGGGCAUCACACCCUUAUGUGCAAAUUCAGCAGGGGCAAUCCAACUACCCUCAACAUUAUUAUCCCCCACCAAUUCCUCAAUACUCCGUGCACCCACCAGAGUAUGCAGUGUUUAAUGCUCAAUCCUACACUCGGCCCCCCAAUCAGCAGGUACGGGCACCAGCUCCAAGGAUCCCCCGACCUCAGCAGCAAAAUUUUCGGGCACCCUACAGUGCUCGUCCCAAGCAGGAUUAUGGUCGAGAGCAGAGGCCGGCGGAAAAAUUCACUCCAUUGGCUGAAUCACACUCUAGUCUAUUCCAAAAGUUGAAGCAAAUGGGCGUGAUUAGACCCAUCGCUCCCCACCAUAUGCAUCCUGAUUCACAUGGACUUCAAGCAAAUGCUAGAUGUGAAUAUCAUUCAGGUGCCCCGGGGCAUAGCACUGAUGACUGUUGGACUCUGAAAAGAGCCAUAGAGAGACUCAUUUCUGAAAAACUGAUUGUAGUGACGAAUGGCGAGGACCCUUCUAAUGUGACAAACAACUCGUUUCCAGCACACAAUGAUGUUCAUUUUGUGGGAAUGAUCGACCGAGAUCAAGAAUACAAGCCGCUCGGUCGAGCAGAAAUGACAGUGGGUGCAAUUCAAGAAGGAACAGGUCUAGAAGUAAGCCCAAGCCGAGAUAUGAUGUUCAUUGUGAAAGGUGCCCCGAGCUCAGAAACUUUAUUUGUUCCCAAGGUCUCGAGGUUGGAAGUUCGCUCCAAUGAUCCAAGCCCAAGGUUGUAUGUACUUGGAGGCCACCCCAUCACUAGGCAGAAUCAGGGAGGUACGAAAGGUAUAACAGAGCCAAUCAUAAUCAAACCUGCCGUGCAACCCCCUGUGACAAACACGAAAACCACUUCUUGGAACUACAACAAAACUGUGAUGACCUUGAAAGGCAAGGAAAUCAUAGAGGAAGUGGGGGAAACUGGAGGUUUGACUCGAUCGGGGAGAUGUUACUCACUAGAAGAGUUGAGAAAGGCCAAGCAAAUCAGAGAUGGCCAAUUGCCAAUAAAGAAACCAGUCACUGAAGCAGAGGCGGAAGAUUUUUUGAAAAAUAUGAAAGUUUAG